UAAAUAUGAGAGAAAAGCAAAGAAACAAGUUCUUAUAUUUUGAUGAAAAAUUAUAUUAAAUAAUGUUAACGCUCUCGCGCAUUGUAUGCCAAUAUCUGCCGUUAUGUGUACAAUCGUUAAACGGUUUAUCUCAUAUACAUACUUCACCGGUUUCGUCUACCUUUUGGGAGCGUGAAAAGAAAUCGGGUUAUAAAACUGCUCUACCUCAACCGUCUAGGAAGCAAAUGAUCUUGGAUGGCUUUAAAGAAUUAAAGGAAGAAAUAAAAUUGUGGAGACAAGAGGUUAAGGAAACCUUUGAAUCAGAUCCAAUUUUAGUUUAUAGACCUGGAGAAACCGAUAUAGUAUUCAAUUUCAAGAACGAAAAUUCUUUAGAUAAAUGGGUCGUUACUUCGGAUAAGGAUCAUAAUGAAGGCAGAAGUACAGCAAUGUUAGAACUAAGCAAUUCGGGCGGUGGAUUAUUUCAUGGCGAUGUUUGUUCGGAGCACGUUAAAGACGGUAUCAUAAAAAGAACUGGUUACGCCAGUAUGAGAACUAAAAGAGUGAGGAAAUCCUUUAAACGUGAAACUACGUAUGAUUGGAGUCAGUAUAAUAUGCUGGUGUUAAAAGUGCGUGGUGAUGGUCGCAGUUAUUUAAUCAAUUUACAUUGCGAAGGCUACUUUGACAUGAUGUGGAACGAUAUCUACCAUUAUGCUCUUUACACGCGUGGCGGGCCACAUUGGCAAAUAUCGAAGAUACCAUUUUCAAAAUUUUUCUAUUCCUCUAAAGGAAGAAUCCAAGACAAACAGCAAGCUGUGCCGUUAAAUCAGAUUACACAUUUUGGUUUCUCCGUCAGCGCCAAGAAUGGUAUGGAUGGACAAUUUAAUUUGGAAAUUGAUUAUAUUGGUUUAGAAUUUGAUCCAAACCACCGCGAAGAAUUUGCUUAUGAAAUGUAUCGAACACAAAACUACAUCGCAGCCACAUAGUCAAUUUUUGUUAAGGAAGAAAAGUUGUUUAAUAA